UGAUGCUGCUUUCUACUCGCGCCACACAAAAAGACACUGUACAGUCCCCGAGACAGAGACAGUGAGGGAGCGUGAGAGAACAUUUUUAUUUUUAUUUUCUGAGCAGGAGUUUGUGAGUCUGGACUGAGAAUGAAGAUCCUCCUCAUCUUCACCUUCUGCCUGAUGAUCGCUGAUGAUACUGAUGCUGUAACUACAAUAACUGGAUACAGAGGAAGAUCAGUUCAGAUUCAAUGCCCCUAUCAACCUGGAUAUGAAGAGUACAAAAAGUAUCUCUGCAGAGGUAAAUGUCCCAUUUUGGGGGAUAAAGACAUUCCUGUUGAGUCUGGAUCUCCUGCUAAAGACCCCAGAUUCUCUCUGUAUGACAACACAACAGCCAAAAUCUUCACCGUCACCAUCACUGAUCUGAGACCAGAGGAUAAAGGCACUUACUGGUGUGCAAUAGAGCGGACAGUGGCUGAUAUUUACACAGAGAGUCGACUGCUGGUUAAAACAGCUGAUCCUGCCAUCAGUACUGUCUCCCAGUCCACACACUCCACUUCAACACAUGCCAUGAGUCCAUCAGUCCAUGCUGAGAUCCCACAUUCAACAGCUAAUCCAUUAAAUGACACUAACUCUCCAGUGAGCGCUCCCUCAGAUCAGGAUUUACCAGAUUUACCAGAUUUACCAGUUUCUACCGUCAUCAUUGCUGUGUCUGUGGUUUUUGUGCUGCUUCUCAUUGCCCUUCUAUUCGCUGUCAUCCUACAGAAGAAAAAGAAGAUCCAAGCCUCAUCUCCAGUCCGAUCUCCACAAAGCUCCUCAGACCUCCAUGUGGUUCCAUGUCCUGUCUAUGAUUAUGAGGAGAUUAAAGACAGCUGGUGUCUUUCUAACGAUCUUUACUCCACGGCUCAGCUCCCCUCGAACCCCACUGAGAUUUACUCCAACACGGGAUUACCCACAGCUUCCUCUGAUUAUACACAAACCCUUUAUUCUACAGUCCAACACCCAUCCGAUUCUGCUGAUCAGGGCGACUACUCCACAGCUAACUUACCCACAACUCUCUCUGACUCAUCAGUCAGCGCUGCUCCACCAUCGGCUGCGAAACCUCCUGAAAGUCCAACGUACACAACUAUGAGAUUUGACACCAGUUCUGUUGGUGCAGCUCCAGCGGUGAUCUACAAAAACGAGAACAGCUCAUGUAUAUAUUCCACUGUUGACAAGAAUAAAGGUGACUAGUUAGCCUACAUCGGAAUGCUAAUCAUUCUGAGAUACUAUUUACAAUUUUUAGUCUCCAUUAGAUCACUUUACACCACAGUGCUGUUUAGUUCUCAAAUCUGAUUAUUCACAAGGUGUUGAUUAUUAUUAUUAUUAUUAUUAUUUUUUUUUUUUUUCUAGAACAGCAGUCCUGACAAUAGUGUAACAGAUUAAAAGUAUGUUGUUUGGUAUUUAAAUAUAUUUAAAAUUUUUAAAUUAUUGGCAAAUUGUUGUGGGAUGUUAGCAACAACAAUAUAAUCCCCGGGACAUUCUGUGACGUAAAAAUAAUCAAUGUUAGGAUGGUAACAGUAACUUUACUUCAUCACACCACCAUGAUACUCAACUCAGUAGUUUAGUAUAACAGCACCACACACACACACACACACACUUUUUAUUUGGAUCUGUUAGAAAAUCUUCCUAUUUAAGUACUGUAUUUAAGGUGGAGCAUUAUAUCCGUAAUUUCACUAGUUUUAAACUGUUUAUAAAAUCUGGGUUUAAAAUGUUAAUUAAUUUAUUUCUCCUUAAAGUUUCUGUAGUUUUUCAUUGUAAAAUAUGUGGCAUGUUUUCUCUUCCUCUUGAACUUCAUGUAUAUCUGUGUGUAUAAGGCCUGUAGUACUCGAGUCAGACUCGUGCCCUAAUUUUAAGGACUCAGACUCAGACUCGUUCAUUAACUGCAUUCAGACUUGUAAAUUAGAGACGAGGACUCAGAUUUUCUCUUUAUUUUUUGUAACAUGCCAUAAUCAUUUGGCAUAAGAUGUUUAUAUUUAUAUCUACUUUAACUUUAUACUAAUUUCAUGCAAGAGAAUGCACAUUCACCUGUUCAUACAUGAUGUUAAGGAACAAACUAACGUUAACGGCGCUAAAAUGCCUGGAGAGACGCCGCUAGGAUUGUCCGCUUUGCUUAUACAGACUUCUCGUGUAGUGGGAAAAAAUACACUGCUAUGUUUUCCAUAUGUAGAAGAACUAUCGAGGAGACGACGGGAACAACCUCGAACCUCAAUCGUCAUUUGCUGAGACUCCAUCCAGAGAAGGAAGUGACACGCUAUGUUCAUUGCUCUGUUGAUAGUGGGCGGGGCUUGCUGAGCGAUGAACUAGCUAGUGUUAACCCUCUCUAAUGUUAUUUGCCCUAGCGAUAGUGAGCGGGGCUUGCUAACCGAUGAACAAGCUUUUUAUCUGUAGCCUGUUAACUAAAAUGGGACAGUGGAGCAGGAACGUUAGUCCAACACAGUAGCAGAGACGCUUUCACAUAAAGGCAGCGACAGACACCGUCACAUGGUGCGGUUGGAGUUUUGUUCUCGACUCGGACUUGAAAUUUUCUUUACUGACUUGGACUUGAACACUGGGGACUCAAGACUGGACUCGGACUCAAGGUUUAGUGACUCGACUACAACACUGGUGUGUAUGGCUUCUUUUAGUUCAUUGAGCAAAAUUUUGUGUGAACGGUAGGUCAAAUAUUAUAAAUCAGGAUAUUUUGGAAGUGGAAAAAUGCAAUUUAUGAGAUUUGUUAUCUACAUUUGUUGCAACUGAACCACCAAUAAAUCUGUGCUGUAUUAGAUAUAAUUUAGGAAAUGUCC